CCCUGUAUCCCUGACUUUCCCUUUCGAUAUUGAUUUUCCGCUGGAAAACAUACGGCAGUCAUUUUCUAUAAUACAGUAUCAACACCAGAGUCGUUCAAGUACUGAGUGUUAUCAUUUUAUCUGUGAAGACCACUCAUACUCGCAUAUCGAAAUUGAAAUGUUCUAUCAUCGCUACGGAAAAUCGCGGCGCGCACAUGCUGGCGCACAGCGAUCUAUUUUCAGUAAUGAAUAGAACAAACACAUUGAAUAGAAAAGUAUCGACAAGCUGUGAUAUCUGUUAAAACUAAGCAUAGUAUAUGCUUUCUGUGAUAGACCCUUGGAAUCAUAUUUCACCCAGGAGCAAUGGGUGACACUGCAAACAAGCUGUUACUCCUCAAUUGGAAGAACUGGACGCUGCAAGCCAGAAAACCGUUUCAGACAACACUAGAUAUUCUACUUCCUGUUCUCAUUUCUUUACUUUUGUUGUAUUUGAGAAGCCAAGUGGAUCCAGAAUUACAUAGUACACAGUAUUAUGAACCGUUUUGUACUGCACCAAUGUCAAUUCCUGAUCUACCAUUUUUAUGCCCACCUAACAAUCAAAGCCUUCAUGACCCUUUAAGUAUGAUUUUAUCACUGACUGGGGGUAAUAGUACUCCUAUAAGUCAAAUGUCACUAAUUUACUCACCAGACAAUCAAGAAAUAGCAAAAGUAAUGAAUGUAUUCAAGAUAGCAUUCCAUGAUGUCAGGGCUGAAAAGAAUGCAAACGACUUAACAACUGCUUUCAAGAUGAAUUCAAAGACAACUUUCGCUGGCAUACAGUUUGAUGAUACUUACAGCAAUAUUACAGACCUGAAGAAGAUAAAGAACUUCAAAGUCACUAUAAGAUUUCCUGGAGAGUUGAGAAUCCCGAAUGGUCGGGAUAGUGACUGGCAAACAGAGUUCGUAUAUCCACCACUACAGGAACCUGGUCCUAGAUAUUCUAAUAGUUCCACAGGAGCUUUCCCAAGUUAUCACAAUGAGGGUUUUCUUCUUCUACAGCACGUACUGGCAGUUUCUUUUAUGUUAUCUCAAGAUGGAGUAGUUAUUAACGGAAAGAAUGAUAUUGCGAAUGUAGUCGAAUGGAUAAUGAAGACGCGGUUUCCUUUAAUAUAUAUGCAACGAUUCCCCCAUUACGAAUGGUACAAAGAUCUUCUGAUGGAAGUAUUGAAACUGGUUAUGGGGGUAUUCAUGAUCCUUUCUUUUCUCUACCCAUGCAUCAAUACUGUGAGGAUGAUUACCAUUGAAAAGGAAAAGCAGUUGAAGGAAAGCAUGAAAAUAAUGGGUCUCUCCAACUGGUUGCACUGGACAUCCUGGUUUAUAAAAUAUUUCAUCUACAUGUUCAUUGCUGUCUGCUUAAUGCUAAUAAUUUUGAAGAUACCAUGGUUCUCCAAGUAUUCAGUAUUUACUUAUUCAGAUCCAUCUGUGUUACUGCUCUUCCUUAUAUUCUACACUUCGUCAACUAUAACGUUUAGUUUUAUAUUUUGCACAAUAUUUUCGAAAGCUAAUAGAGCUACAAUGGUAGCUGGAGUUGUCUGGACUUUAACAAUAAUCCCAUACGCCAUUUACUUACAAAUGGAUAGUACAAGCUUGGUUACGAAACUAUUAAUGAGCUUCUGCUCGAAUUCUGCAAUGUCGUUUGCUUUCGAGAUAAUAUUUACUUAUGAAGGAAUUGGUGAAGGUGUUCAGUGGAGCAAUAUGUUUCAGCCCAUGUCUCUAGAUGAUGGCAACAGACUGGGCUUAAUGAUAAUGAUGCUUAUGUUAGACACAGUGAUUUACUUACUGGUAGCCUUGUACAUAGAAGCAGUUUUCCCAGGAGAAUAUGGAGUGCCAUUGCCAUGGAAUUUUCCCUUCACUAUGAGUUAUUGGCGAGGAAACCCCAGUAUAGGUGCGGACCUAAGAGAUAGCUUACUAUCUAUAGAUAAUGAGUUCUUUGAAAAGGAACCAAAAGAUUUGGUAGCAGGAGUACAAAUCAGGAAUCUAAGAAAGGUUUUUGGAACAAAAGCAGCUGUAGAAAAUCUCAGUAUGAACAUGUACGAGAAUCAGAUAACUGUACUUCUGGGUCAUAACGGAGCUGGAAAAACGACAACGCUGUCUAUGCUAACAGGCAUGAUAACAGCAACCCGUGGCACAGCAAUAAUAAAUGGGCAUGACAUUCGUCGCGACAUGAAUUCUGUUAGGAAAAGUAUGGGAAUUUGCCCUCAACAUGACGUCAUAUUUGAAGACCUGACAGUUGCAGAGCAUCUGUACUUCUACAGCAGACUUAAAGGGCUCUCCAAGAAGAAAGCUGUAGAAGAGAUUGAAACGUAUAUUGAGCUUAUGGAGCUAACUGAUAAGAGAAAUGCUAAAGCAUCGACACUUUCUGGGGGAAUGAAGAGAAAGCUUUCUGUUUGUGUUGCUUUAUGUGGAAACUCAAAAGUUGUAAUGUUGGACGAGCCCACUUCUGGAAUGGAUCCAUCUGCUAGGAGAGCCCUAUGGGACCUACUAUUAAAACAGAAAAAAGGUAGGACGAUACUUCUGACUACUCACUUCAUGGAUGAAGCAGAUGUGCUUGGAGAUCGAAUAGCGAUUAUGGCAGAAGGAGAGUUGAAAUGUUGUGGUAGCAGUUUCUUUUUAAAGAAGAAAUAUGGAGCAGGAUAUAUCAUGACUAUAGCUAAAGGACCUAACUGUGACGAAGGAAAAAUUACGACGUUGUUAAAGACUUUUAUUCGUGAACUAGAGAUCAAUACCAACACUGACUCUGAGCUGACAUAUUUGCUACCAGAAAAUCGAGUAAAUGUGUUCGAAGCAAUGCUAACACAAUUAGAAGGUGAAUCAAGCAACCUAGGUGUUCAAAGCUAUGGUAUUUCAUUAACAACCCUAGAAGAUGUUUUCAUGAAGUAAGUGAAAGUUUACAUAGUUUGUCAGGAAAGCAAUGGUCUCAUUUUUUUGUAACGCGACUAUUCAACGCAGCGCGGGAAGGGUGGAGGCAAUUAUCAGCUUUCCAGCGAUGUCCUUGCCAGUCAACUCCGAGCUAUUGAAGGGUGCAGACGUCGCUUCUAGUGAACCGUUAUUUUUCUGGAAGAAGAAAACAUCAAACGAAAUAUCGCUCCAGACAGCGUUCGGGGAUGCUAAAUGUUGUGCUUCAAAGGCUGAGCCGUAGGGUAGCCCGCGUCCGAAGAGCAAUUCGGUCGCCCUGGAAACUGCGCCAGGGGCAUGUCGCUUUCCGUCAUACAUAUAAACCAAUAUGAGAAUAUGACAUCUAAUUCUAGCGAUCGUUUAUGUCAUUAUGGUGAUAUUUGAUGAGGGCAAGGCGCUUCUAAAUCAAGGUGAUGGUAGUGUCUCGAUGGAGAAAGGUGGUAUUUCGCAGAAAAUUGAGCUUAUCACUCUCCAGACAAACCCUGUCCAUAUAUUUAUUUUAGUCUUAUAAGUAAAAGACAUCCCAGCGUGGAAUUCCACCGGAAAAUAUAUAUUUUUUUUAGGGUUGGCGCUGAUCAUACACAGGAGCUAAAUAAUCACCAAGAUCUAUCACUUGAAGAUGAUAGUCUUCCAAAACCCAUCUAUACCUCAGGAAUUCGCUUGAUAAAAAACCAAUGCUCCGCCAUGUUUUUGAAGAAGUACAAAGCGAUACAGCGCUCCUGGAUGCUUUGGAUCAUCCAUCUCUGUCUACCUCCACUCUUUGUGAUCCUAAUCAUGGCUCCUUCAAGGAUCAUAGGUAUUAAUGAUUUGCCUGCCAUGCCACUGACUUUAGAUAAAUAUCAUGAUCCAGUAACAUUGGUUGAAAGCGGUGACGAUCUUGGAGGAUAUUAUGACAGUUUCAAGAAGUUGAUCCAAUGGAAAAAUCAUAAUGUUACGGAUGGAGCCAUAAUCAGUGAUAUGAUUCGUCUAACUAGAGAUACUCCGAAUCUAGUAUACAAGCAUUACAUAGUUGGUGCAUCGUUCAACUCCAAUGUUAUCCAGGUCCCAAAGUACAAUGUAAUAAUGAAAUGGCCUACCAUCAAUGUUUGGUUCAACAAUGAUCCGUAUCAUUCACCAGCAACUGCACUGAGUUUAGCCCUCAGUGCUGUAUUUAGGAAAAUAAAAAGUUGCAGUGACUGUGACAUUCAGUUUACGAACGAUCCGUUCCCGUUUUCUGAUGAAACACAGGUCAACCAAAUCGUAAAAGGCGAGUCAAGAGGACAGCAGUUGGCAGUCUACCUGACAUGUGCCUUUGCUUUCACGUCAUGUUUCUACACCAUGUUUCUUAUAAAGGAAAACACGUGUAAAUCCCGACAUCUCCAGUUUGUGGCUGGUGUGAAAAUAUACGUCUUUUGGAUAAUGAAUUUUCUAUGUGAUUUUGCGACAUACCUUGUGAUCUGUUUGUUGACGUUGAUCACAUUAGUCAGCUUCCAAGAAGAUGGGUAUAAAACAGUUGAAGACUUGAGUCGAUUUCUCGUGAUACUGCUUUACUUUGGAUGGGCAUUCUUCCCCAUGGUAUACAUAGCUGCUUACUUUUUCGACGUACCUGCCAAUGGAUUCGCAAGAAUGUCUGCCAUUUGCUAUUGUGCAGGUGUACUAGCAUUCGAUAUCAUUAAAAUAAUGAAGAUGGAUGCCUUCAAUUUAAAACGAGUAACUGAUCCGUUACAUUAUAUCAUGUUAUUGAUACCUCACUAUUCUUUGGCAUCUGGUAUAAGUGAGUCAUUCGUCACGUUUUCUUAUCAAAAAAUGUGUGAUGUACUGUUUGACAGAUGUGCUCAAGUAGGACUGAAUAAACACGAUUGCCUCAGGAAUAUGACCAAGAAGAUUGUCGACAUUUGUGGAAGUCCUGGAGGUAACUACUACAAAUGGGAUUCUCCAGGCAUCGCCCGAAACAUACUUUUCAGCAUCAUAGUAGGUUUCGCCCUAUUCUGCAUCUUGUUUCUUAUCGAAUAUGAUACCGUCACCAGGCUGGUCCAACGUAUCAUAUUCAAAUUCAGACCUCGGUACCCAAUCGAAAAUACCGAUGAAGAUUCGGAUGUGACAGAGGAAAGAAGACGUAUCAGAGAUAUGACUACAGCUGAAUUGACCACGACCUAUGACUUAGCUGUGAAGGAUUUGACAAAGUACUACAAAAAGUUCUUGGCGGUUAACGGACUGUGCUUGGGCGUGAAGAGAUAUGAGUGUUUUGGUCUACUGGGUGCUAAUGGUGCUGGAAAGACCACAACGUUCAAGAUGAUGACUGGGGAUGAGACCAUGACAUAUGGUGAAGGCUGGAUAAAGGGGUAUAGGCUACGGACGGAAAUGAGACAGGUACACAGAGUUAUUGGAUACUGUCCGCAGUUUGACGCUCUUCUAGACGACAUGACUGCCCGAGAAACGAUCGUAAUGUUUUCUCUCAUCAAAGGAUUCCUACCUUCAGACGCUAAUUAUUUAGCUGAGAGGUUGUCUCAAGACUUAGAUUUCGAAGCGCAUCUUGAUAAACAAGUGAAACAAAUGAGUGGAGGCAACAAAAGGAAACUAAGUACUGCUAUUGCACUGAUAGGAGAUCCGUCCAUUUUGUUUUUCGACGAACCUACUUCCGGUAUGGAUCCUGCGACCAAACACUUCUUCAGAGGUGCUGUGUGCAAAAUUCGAGAUAAAGGAAAAUGCAUCGUUCUAACCUCUCAUGCCCUAGAGGAAUGCGAAGCUCUUUGUACAAGAUUGGCCAUCAUGGUCAAUGGUAACUUCAAAUGCCUUGGAUCUGUUCAACAUUUGAAGAAUAAAUUUGCCAAAGGAUGUACCUUCAGCAUAAAGAUUAAAAAAGACGCGAGUGAUGUUAGCACAAGAACAAUAGAAAGUUAUAUAGAAGAAAACCUACCUACAGCUAAUUUACGUGAGAAACACGAAGAUCUCUUAACCUACAGUAUUUCAAACUCAGAUGUGGCCUGGUCUAAAAUGUUUGGUGUUUUAGAAGAAGGACGACGUAGCAUUAAUGAAAUAGAAGACUAUUCUUUAGGACAAGGAAGCUUAGAACAGGUUUUCUUAUCAUUCACAAAGAAGCAAAACUCGUAAGGAAAAUGUGAUAACUGCAGUAUUCAUGCCACAAUGUACUUUGAUCGAGUGACAAAAUCACAAAUUAUUUUAAUUUUGCAUGUUACUAUUGAAAAGUUCUAUGACUUUUUUUCACCUGCAAUCAACAUUAGCAAAUUAUUGAUUAUUAGGUAAAUGUACUUGUCUUUAAAGCCACUAGUCAAGAACUUUUCAAAUUAGCUACGUUUCUGUGAGUUUAUACAUAUAAAUAUAUUUUGUUUAUCACUUGUUUUUCUAA